CUAAAUCUCAUUCCAGAUCAUAGUCCAUGGCACACCCAUCUCUGAAAUGCCAGCUCCCAAAGCGAGUAACAGCAAUUACGCUCUGCAUCCCUCCCAGGCAACACUCACCAUGGACUUCAACUUGGCUGCAGCCGUGGACCCCAAAAAAUGUCAAGUGACUCCAAAACAGCCUUGUCAUGGAGAUGUGAAACAUGAUCAUAAGCAUGGACCCCAUGGACACGGAGGACAUGGAAGUAAACACUGCAAGGGCCAUAAGGGUGACCAUGGACAUUCUAGCAGUGAUUCCAGCAGCUCAAGCAGCUCCAGUGGAAGUGAAUGUGAGGGAAAGCCCCAUGGAGAAGGCCACACACACAAGAAGAAGGAAAAGAAGCAGCACAAGGAGAAAAAGCCCAAAGACAAGAAAGAAAAAAAGGAAAAAAAGGAGAAAAAGGAACACAAAGAUAAAAAGCACUAAACUUAGGCAGCACAAUGAAUGGGGCACUGAAACCGAAAUACACAUUGAUUUAUAUGAAAUAACUUCUUUUAACAUUUACAAAUAUACAUGAACUUACUGCACCACAAGCCUAAUCAAACA